AUGUUGACGGCUCAAAGCAGGCAGGAGAGUUAUGCUGACGUUAGGCGUAAGGACCUGGAGUUUGAGGUUGGUGGAAAGGUGUUUCUGAAAGUGGCACCUAUGAAGGGAGUGUUGAGGUUUGGAAAAAGGGGUAAGUUGAACCUUCGUUUCAUCGGGCCAUUUGAGAUCUUGGAGCGGGUUGGCCCUGUAGCAUACCGACUGGCCUUGCCCCCAUCUCUUUCUGCAGUUCACAAGGUUUUUCAUGUUUCCAUGUUGAGGAAGCACGUAGCAGACUCAUCUCAUGUUGUGGAUUAUGAGCCUUUGCAUUUAAAUGAGAACUUGAGCUACGAAGAAGAGCCCAUUCGAAUCUUGGCCAAGGAAGUGAAAGUUUUGCGCAACAAGAAGAUAGCUUUGGUGAAGGUUCUUUGGCGAAAUCACCAGUUCGAGGAAGCAACAUGGGAAUGCGAGGUCGACAUGUGGAUGCAUUAUCCCUAG